AUGGACGUGGACGUGGUCGUGGACGUGGACGUGGACGUGGACGUGGACGUGGACGUGGACGUGGUCGUGGACGUGGACGUGGACGUGGACGUGGACGUGGACGUGGACGUGGACGUGGUCGUGGACGUGGACGUUGACGUGGACGUGGACGUGGACGUGGACGUGGACGUGGACGUGGACGUGGACGUGGACGUGGACGUGGACGUGGACGUGGACGUGGACGUGGACCUGGACGUGGACGUGGACGUGGACGUGGACGUGGACGUGGACGUGGACAUGGUCGUGGACGUGGACGUGGACGUGGACGUGGACGUGGACGUGGACCUGGACGUGGACAUGGACGUGGACGUGGACGUGGACGUGGACAUGGUCGUGGACGUGGACGUGGACGUGGACGUGGACGUGGACGUGGACGUGGACAUGGUCGUGGACGUGGACGUGGACAUGGACGUGGACGUGGACGUGGACGUGGACAUGGACGUAGAUGUGGACGUGGACAUGGACGUGGACGUGUGGACGUGGACGUGGACGUGGACGUGGACGUGGACGUGGACGUGGACGUGGACAUGGACGUGGACGUGGACGUGGACGUGGACAUGGACGUGGACGUGGACGUGGACGUGGACGUGGACAUGGUCGUGGACGUGGACGUGGACGUGGACGUGGACAUGGUCGUGGACGUGGACGUGGACGUGGACAUGGACGUGGACGUGGACGUGGACGUGGACGUGGACAUGGUCGUGGACGGCCUACACCAAGUGA